AUAAGUACAACUAACAAUGCACAAGGUACAAGUCGUAAUCAAUCAGCAUGACUAGAUACGUUGUACGGCUGUAGUCACACCGCACGCAUACCAUCAAUAUAAAACACCAAAAAGAUGAUCAAUAACCAUUUCCUUUCUCUGUUUCUUUCUUUCACACUAAAUUCCCCCCACCUUCUUCUUCUUCUUCUUCCAUGGCUCAGAAGGUGAUACUCAAGGUUCUCACAAUGACUGAUGACAAAACCAAGCAAAAAGCCAUUGAAGCUGCUGCUGAUAUCUAUGGGGUGGAUUCGAUUGCGGCUGAUCUGAAAGAUCAGAAGCUGACGGUGAUUGGGGAGAUGGACACGGUGGCAGUCGUCAAGAAGCUCAAGAAAGUAGGCAAGGUGGACAUAAUAUCAGUUGGUCCAGCCAAAGAACCUGAGAAGAAAGAAGAAAAGAAAGAGGAGAAGAAAGAAGAGAAGAAAGAGGAGAAGAAAGAAGAGAAGAAAGAGGAGAAGAAAGAAGAGAAGAAAUGAACAACUAUUUUAGAUUCAUGAUUAUCAUAUAUUUACGUUCUAUAAAUCAAAUAAAUUCCUUCAAAAAAGAUGUUCUUUUUCAAAUCGGUGAAACGGGUGAGACUCGAAACGAAGCGAAUCGAGUCAUGGGCAGAUCUCCUGGCUGGGAUCAUGGUGGCAUCUGCAAUGGCAAAGAUGCCUUUUAGAUUCAAGAUUCUCAUUGAGAGAUGAUGAAACUCCAUAUGCACAUUACUUAGCUUCAUCUGCAAGCACUCAACUGUACCACCAAAUAAAAUCAUAUCUUGAAUUCUAUUUGAUUAUUAUUUAUUUGUUCUUUUUCCUCU